AUGCCUCCACUCCCGAACAUCCAGGCCCAGCCCGGCCGGCGGCAUGCCCGCACCUAUCUGCCCCAGGUCGAGCCGGGCAAUUCCAUCUCAUGCGCGAUGGCGUCAAUUGCAGUCGUACAAGACGCCCUCGUGCGUAUAAAACCCGGCGGCCAGCCCGGGGGGCCAGGAAAGGAGACAGUGGGGAAGCUGGUUCGCGACGCCCAUGCCGCACGCGUCCCUCAGUACUGCCGACGCGUUGGGCCCCGAACAUCGGCCGCAUGCCUGUGUCAAAAAGGUCGAAAUACUCAGCGGUCGUGCAGAUGCAACGACGCGUCGCCAAUCAUGGGCACCCGGCACCGGCGGAGGGCCAGUACUUCAGGGGCCCCCACUGCGUGCGAAGGCCACCCUGUGCCCCCAGACCAGCACUAUCGCGGGGGCGAAAGGCAGAGGUUUACUCCGUCCUCCGUUACUCCGUAG